AAAUACUUACGUCUUUCUUAUUGGUUUAGACUCGCCCCCCCUACUAUGGAAAAAAUUAAUGUUGGAUUAGCAAUCAAGCCUUGGCUAUUAAACCAAUCAGAUUGUACUUAGGAGUCUGAGUCAUUUUAGACUAGUGAUAACGAUGUCGGAUAAAGGUUAUUGGUCAGUGUGGCUUUCGCAUUGCAUAGCAGACUAGCACGGAAAGUAUUUACAUAUUUGCAAGUUUACGCUCAGGCAGAUUUUCACGUGGAAUAUGGGUGGGAGAUCAGGCAAGUUCGUGGUACCUCAUACAGCAGAGAAGACCGAAGACAGUCUUCGUAAACCUUGUAACAAGCUUGACGAAAACACCACUUUUUGACCCGAUGUAAUUUCUAAGAAAAGCAAAUUCUUAUUUGGUUCACAUUCCCCUGUACGGAGUGAAAACAUUAAAAAUGACUGGUAUGCCUUCAAAUCAGUUGUAGUAACUCAGAUCCAUAAGUUAUCUCAAUCUUAUCUGUCCGUAAUGUCUUAUUCAUUUCCUGUAAUUGCCUGUACUUGUCCUUCCCCUUGGUCUCUUUCUGCGUUGAUGCAGUGUGGAAACUUCCGUAUUUGACGUCUGAAGUAGUAUCACGAAUAACAUUGAUAUUAUAGUAUACGAAAGGAACAGGUAUUUGAAUUGUUAUCAACUAUCAGUUUUCUGUGUUGCUAAUAAUCUUGUCAGUAAUCCUAUUUAAUAAUGUGUUGUGUCAGCGCUCACAUAAUUGACCUCUAGUAAGUUUAAGGUUAAGCUAAUGUUGUAGUUUCCGUAUCUCCAUAUAAACUUCUGAUCUGUGGGUUUCAUCCUUAUUUUUUUCUCACUUCUGGAUGAUAUGGUAGAUCAGAAAUUUUUACCAUACCAAACAUGCCUUAUAAUUAAGUAAAAUACAUCUUUACUCAAAAUGACGUUACUAGUGCUUGUGUAACACCGAUAGCGUUUAAUUGCUCUUUGGCGAUUCCCUUUAAUAUGUAUGAAAUAACCAAGUAAUCUUUGAUAAUAUCUUGAUAAAUUCUUGGUAUUCUCCUGCUCUCUCAUCAAUCAAUAUUAAUGUGGAUCAGUGCGUAACUGUUAUGCUAUUCUCAAUUACAACCAAGUAGAUACUAAAACAAUUAACGGCUAUGCUGGAUCUAUUUUGCUGCAAUCGUAUUUUAUGUUUCGCUAUUCCAAUGUCAGUCUUCUUUAGCUUCAUCAUAGAUCUGCUGAAAAAAUUGGACCCAAUAUAUUUUCGUAAAAGUUUGAGAUCCCUUUAUAAAAAAAGGCAAUGUAUAAUGCAUUUGUGGCCUAAUAACUGCACAUGGAUAUCGAGGAUUUAGAAUUGUCCGAUAGACGUCUGUCGAUUACAUUACUGUAGUUUUGCAGUCAUAGUGCCAUCGAAUUCCAACUAUUGGAUCCAAGGUUCAAUUAAUCUCCGUGUUUGGUCUAAGCAACUGAGUAUUAGUCACUAGCUCACACGAAAAUAUGGCUUAAAAGUGAUUAUGAAAAGUUGCAUCUCAUUCGAAAUCUACAUGUUCUCUUUCAGUUAAAUACAACUUAAUUAUCCCUAAAUUUCUCGUUCAUAUUUCUCCGCUGUUUUUUCAGGAUGCUGUUGAGCAAGUUAAAGCGUUGGAUAGCGAACAGUCAGUUCAACACACAGAUGAUGUUAUGCUCGAAAAUGGUCACAAAGAGAGGUGUUCCCCGGAAGAAAACCAUGAACAGGCAAACGGCGAUGUGACGAAGUCAGACGUCCCACAGAAUGAAGAUGCAAAACGGACCAAGAAAGGAAACCCGAUAUCACGAAUUUUACGACGUAUAUCCAGAAAAGGCUCUAAUCUUAAAAAACACUCUACCGACAACACUUGUGAAAAACCCGAGGAUACUAAUAAUGACGAAAAACAAGAAGUUACCACAACUGAAGCACAAUCUCCUGAGUGCACAGCAAAUAGUAAUGUGGAUCCCACUUCAGAUAGUCCUGUCCUACUAGUUGCAGACAACCUAGUUCAAGAUGUUAUCAUUUCUGCCACUCAAACUCGUUUGGAAGAAAUCCAAGUCUGUGAAGUGAGACCGUAUGAAGAAAAUUAUAGUCACACUGAGACAAAAAAUGAUACUCAAGAAUCACUCUCCGAGGUAGAAAUUUCACAUGUCAGUUCUUGUGUCAAUGAAUCUUAUGUAAAUGGUGAACCUGUAAACGAAAGUAUAGACAAAUCUGAAGAUGUUCUGGUAAAUGGUGUUCAUGCACAUGAAGAGGUAAAUCUUUUUUCUUUGUUUUGUCUUGUUUUUUUCCAAGUUUUCGUAUUAUAAAUCACAAUUACUUAUGCCUAAUCACAAAACUAGUGAACCUUCAAUGAUUACAACGAAAGUAUCAUUGAACUACAUCCUCUGACGUAUGUCCUGGCAUUGCUUGGCAUGGUCCUUCGAAUUCAAUCCAGCUAGUUCUAGAUUCGCAACAAACCGCAAGCAUUGUAUUGUACUAUAAAAUUCUUUUAUAAUUACUUAUUAUGGACUAUAAAGCAUACGAAACCUUUCCAGGUUACUUAAACCCCUAAUAAUUUAAUACGUCAAUCUUUAGUGAAAGUAUGUAAUUUAUGGAAUCAGAAUAGUCCGUUGUGAGCUACAAUUUGCUGGUUUUUCAUGUAAUUUCUUUCGUUGUACAAAAGUGUCGAUGUGUUGUGUGCUCACAACAUUGUCAUUUCUCUCAUCGUAUUUCGUCCCAAAAAUUUCAUACAGCAUACGGAUAUGUCACAUUGAAUAAAACUAUCGUUUUUAUUACUUUAUUUCUGUUUCUGAUUGUGUAGGUGAAUGGUGUUGAUUGCAACAAUGCCAAUGGAUAUGUUGAUGAUAACGUAAUCCAGUCUAAGCUAGCAAAUCUGGAACUGAUUAACGGACAUUCUGAAGUUAAUGGAUUUCAUUAUGAAACAAAAAACUCAGUGAUGGUAUCUAAUGAUUACUAAGAGCAUGACAAUGUUUACAUCUAUUUUGUUAAGCAACUUUACAGUUCAUCUUACAAGUCAAAUAUUUUUCACCCCUCUGUAAUAAAAUUGAUUGUCUUUUUCUUUUGGAUAUUGUCUUACUAAUUGUUUUCUACAUGCAUCCGGACGUUCCGGUCAUAUCACAUAAUAAUACUAGGUGAGAUUACUGUUUUGAUUAUUUAUCUAUUUCUAAAUUUAUACACCUGAAGCGCAUUAAUUACUUUGGAUUACUAAAUGUGAUAAUUUAAUAAAUACAUAAAUUAUAAAUGAAUAAUGCUGUUAGAUCAUAAGGAGACCUGUCCGAAGACAUGCUUCUUUAUUUACCUUGCUGAAAAAAGCUGUAACAUCGCUACCACAUUGUUACUUCCCGAAAUAUUCCUGGCGUGAGUGAAUAAGUGGUAGGUUUGUUUAGAAUAUAUUGAGAUAAACGUGAUAGGUUGGGGGAUUGCAUUGUACGUCAGUCACAAGUCAAUGAAUAGUGACAUUUUCAUAACAAAACUUACGAUCAAGUAAUCCAGUUAUUGGAAAAUGACCCCAGUUAAAAGAUCACAGUCUCCGCUCCAUUUUGAUAUACUAGGCUGUCAUGGAAUCAAUCGACAACAAUAAACGUUACACAGAUUAUUUCCAAAAGGCGCACUUUGAGGACAAUAUUGUCUAACUUUAUGCGCCAGGUAUUAUUUAGCAAGGAUUUUGUGGUAAAAUUUAAAUCACAACGUAACUGAACUUGUCCCUGACUUAUUAAUUUUGUCUCCUGACAGGCAUCAAAGUUAUUGGAUGUCUUAAUUGUGGCAUUCACGUAGACAUCAUAGUAUAAGUAGUAGCAGCGUUUGAUUUGCUUGCAUGUAUCGCAUUUGAGUCGAACGCUCCCAAAAUCUGUCCAUUUGAUAAUUAUAACAUUAAAAAUUUUGAUAGUUUUUUACUUCUAUUUAAUCUCAUACAAUGCAUGUUACUAGUGUUAUUAUAAAGAGCAAAAUAAACUGUUUAGAAUGUUAAUUUGUUAAUGUGUUUCACGCGGUAGUUACUUGUAUUAGUGCUCAUUUUGUAAGUUUUGCUUUCUAGUGACAUAGUCCUCGAUAUGAUUUACAUUGUUACGUUUUCUUUCUUAUUUAGUGGUAUUCAUCAACAAAACGAUCAAUGUAUGCUACAUACACACGUUUGGUACAAACAAUUGUAUUCAGUUAAUUUCUUUCUUUACUGAACUGUUACUAAAAUUCUGUUCAAAUACCUUACCUUUUAUCCUCACUAUAUCUGUAAAUCUGUAUCCAGGAUUAAAACAAUGGUUUCAAAUAAAUGCUUACAUUUCAUAAUUGUUAAUAUCGACAAGUUUUCUACUUGGUUUUACUUUACAUUACUCUUCUCCAAAUCUGCUUUUGACUGCUUUUAGAGACCUCUUGUAUUUGGAUAUGACUUUAUUUUUGGCUUUUCAAAAAUCAUGUUUUAAUAAUACGAUCUGGUCAAAUAUAUAAUCGUAAAGUUUUCAUCGACAAUCUUAUGUCCAACUUUCUUUUAGGAAAUCAUUGCCCUAUUUCAUUCAAAAUAAUGUCACAUUGAUUUAACCAUUAUUAUUGAUUUUAAAUGUACGAAAUAUUUUAAAACACUUGUCCUUAUUUAUUCAGAAUUUUUGGGGGUAAAGAAAGUUUGAAGCAAUUUAAGUUUCCUGGCUUCAGUAACAUGGUCAGUGUUGCUGUACCUAUUCCGAUUUGAAUUCCUUAAGUACAAAUGCUUUUGUUUUGGACUACAGAAUUUAAAGGUUAUAGAAAUUUGUAAUUAUUAAAUUCAUUAGUUAGUGAGUUGCUGUUAUUAAUAACAGACUUAUUAAAAGGCAUUAGGGAGGAAGGUUUGUUGUUACGCUGUCGAGUUGGAAACCCAGAAUCCUUUUUAACUAACUUGGGAUUUUUGAGGGGUCCUAUUGUUUUCUCUUAAAUUCUGUAUAUUAUCCUCGACUAAUCUAGAGAAACUUGAGUAGAACUUUGUUCCUGAAUUCAGAAGAUAGACCUUUGCUUUCUAAAU